ACUCAAGAAAGUUGAAGCUACUAACCGUCGACCUUUCUUGCCCUUCAACCUCCUUCGCUUUUUUUGUACGAAAAUCGAGGUCCCUCAAAUUCCAAAAGAACAUCCAAUCCCCCGCAAAUUCACCAAGAAAAUUCAAUCUGAAAUCAAUAUCGUAAGAUAUUUAUUCAAAGAUAUCUUUAAGUCUUCUCUACAAUCUUUAAACAGUACUUAUUACCUAUUUAAAUUUGUGCGCAUUAUCGCGUCCAAUUUAAAAAAGUCGCCCACGCUCAUCAAAACUCUACAUCAUCGAUACUUCCUUCUCAACUUGUGCAAACAAUAGGAAGCUACCAACGAAAUCAAUAUGCCUUCGCAAAUGCCGUCAAGUUUUGCUUCUGCUGCAGCAGCUGGUUCGGGUUCAGUCGCGGGUUCGAGUCGUGAUUCUCGAACUGGAAGGAACGAAAGUGCUCGUGGUACUGAAUGGUAUGUUUGAUUUCUUCACAAUCCCUUCUUGUACACACAUUGCAAUCACCUCUUUGGCAAUAUUGUAAUUAUUCUGGAUAACAUCAUAUCUAUAAACAUUACAUUCAUUUCAUUAGUGCUCUUUUCCCAAUUCCUUCCUAGUUGCUUGCUUGAUUGUUUGGAUAUUCCAGACGUCAUUAGUACAAUCAACCAUGCCAUUUUUAGGAGUGGAUGGAGGGUACGAAAUUUAUUCGCCAACCAGCAAAAAUCUUCGACGUAUUGAAAGUCAGUCAGAUCCUAUAACUAAUGCGAUACCCCGCUACAGGGCAAGAAGAGAUAAUAGAUCUACCAAUGGCAGUGGCACAUUGACCUUCCGUCGUUCUUCUAAUGCUCCCCACACACUAUCCGCACAAGCAGACAACCUUCCAGCACAGAGUAUCGAAGUUUCCGAGGAUGUACCACAGCAACAAACUCAAUCAUAUGAGCCAUCUGUCCCUGCAGAUCUUCGUUAUCCAAAAGCUCAUCUAUUGGAUUUAUAUCAAAAACACCGAGAAGCUAAAGAUUCUGGCGCACGCAAUGGUGACGUUUCAAGACUCUAUGUUGAAGGCUGGAACCCUGGUCAAUCAAAUGGAACAAAUGGUCGAGUAUGGGGUAAGGUUACUGAUGGCAGAGAGACUCAUGGUCCAGACGCAUGCUGGGAUAUGACAGGUAGUCAGCGACCAGUUUCCCUGGAAGAGAUGACCGAAGAUGAGAAAAUCGUCAGUUUAUCUACCUAUCAGCUCGCCGCAGUUAUUUAAUACUAAUCUAUACAUUAGCUUUUCACCACUGACGUCAAUUCUCCCAUGAAACCACCACCCCAAAAUCAGAACAAGGGCCCGAGCGAACAAGGAUCCAAUACAAAUGGUCGCAAAACCUCCAUUUCUCAUGGUUCUGGCAACUCUAAUUUCGCAGUUACUUCGCCAGCUUCGAGUAGACCUGGCACACGCCGCAGAGAGACGAGCGAUGCAAUUCCAUUUGCUGCUGGAUUAGGAUCCCCUGCCGGAACUGGUCGAUUCCCUCGCGACGAGUCUUCUCCCUUUUUCACUCGCAAACUCACGGACUUGAAGGAUGAUGGAGAUGAUCGACCUGACGAACCAAAGAGCUCCCUGCCAUUCGGCCCAUUAAUGCGUUCCAAUACAGGUGGGUCUAAUUUGGGAAGCGCGCCGUUGUCUCCUUGGGGACCAGCGCCUGUAAGCGCUACAAUGACUCCGAUGGGAACUUUUGGUGCUUUUGCAAUGCCAGCUCCCACAACUCCAGGCGAGAAACGACCAGGUUUCGGUAGCACUCGCGGCGAGAGUCGGCUUGCACAUCUCAUGCCAAAGGAUAAAUCUGAGGAUAGUGCAUCGCAACCCGCCGAACGCCCGUGGAGAAGUAGACCUCGAACAGAUACGGACCCAUUUAGCGAAGAUAAUAUCCCUAGCGGCAGCGCUGGCCUUGGAGGUGGUCAAGAUACAAGCCCAACCUUGAACCCUCAGCGAAAGGCACCAGGACUUGACACGCCAAUUCGUGGACUAUCAAGUGAUUUUGGAAUGUCUGACAUGCCUGGUUUCAGGGAUGCUCAGUUACGUGCUCAAAACCACCAGACGCCACAAGUACAGCAGCACUACAAUGAGCCCCUGAGCCCAGAUACUAAUCCUUAUCGUAGCCCACACGAGGAACGAAGAGAGAGAAUUGGACAUGAGGAUAAUUCUUUCGACGAUGAUCAUUCUCAUGACCGACCUCAACCAUUGGGAGGCAUCCCCGAGCAUACACCAAAUGCUUUUAGUAAUCUUUCUAGAAACUUCGGCAGUGGAGCUUUCGAUGGAAGCGAUCGUAGCCAAACUUCCAGUGUCGUAGGUGGUGUGUCCCGGGGACCAUUCACGGCUUUAGCGGGACUUCCAUCUUUGAGUAACAUUGGUAAUAUGGGUGGCUGGCCAACAAACAAUAUGGUUUCAACACCGGAUCGCGAAAGUCGAUCAGUAUUUCCAGGUGCAUUUGGAAACUCCAUAUUUGGCCCCAUGGGUGAGUUGCCAUCUCCAAUUCAUAGUUCUAUGGGUGGAGGUAUGUUUGGCCAUGGCAACCCGAUGGGAUCUAUUGGACGUGGAAGUAAGCUCGGAUCGUUGUUCCCUCCCGCUAUGCAGGCUCAGAUGCAGGGCGCAGAGAACGACAAUCCUGGUGAGAUUGGAGACCUAAGACAAAACAGCGCAUUUGGAGCGAUUGGUCGAACCCCAUUGCACAGCCAUGGCUCAUUCUUCGGUUCUGAACCCCGUACCCAGGAACCAUUUUCUGCGGCGGAUUCCCAGCCUAGUACAAUCGUUCCACAAGCUCCUUCUGCUCAAUCUAGUUACCAACAAACCCAAACUGGGCCGGAUUCUGCACCAGGUCAACUUCCUAAUGCUCAACAACGUACUAUGGUUAUGCCAGACAGAAUGAGAUGGAUUUACCUUGAUUCACAAGGACAGCCUCAAGGACCUUGGUCUGGAUUGGAAAUGCAUGAUUGGUACAAAGCCAAUUUCUUUACGGCUGAUCUCUCGGUCAAAAAACUUGAAGACACCGAGUUUGAACCGCUUGGUCAGCUCAUCCGUCGCAUUGGUAAUUCACGUGAACCAUUCCUUGUCCCUCAAAUGGGUAUUCAGCAUGGACUCCCUACCACCCAAGCUACACCAUUCGCCUCCGCUGCUACAGCCCCUCCUGUUCAACCCGGGUCUGUGCAACCUCCCUUUGCUGGAGCUUUCCCAAGUUUCGGUACUACAUUGACUGCCGAGCAACAGAACAACUUGGAGAGACGUAAGCAAGAGGAACAAUACCUUAUGGCUAGACAGAGGGAGUUUUUGGCGCAACAACAGGUCAGCUUGAAGCAAAUGCAAAUGGGUGGUCUUCCUUCCACCUUGCACCAUCAUUCAAGUGCUCAUAGCUUGCAGAGUCAACCUAGCUUCGGUAGCAUGACAUCGCCAAUUUCUAUGCCACCGCAGCCUCCAAUGCCCGGCGGGUUCUUUGAAGCUGGCCCACGACCCGGCCUAUCUCAGAUGAUGGGAGCUAUGCCCAAUGAAUUUCUUCACGAUGAUUUAGCUCGCCUCGGCCUCCAAGACCGUCAGCAACCCGGAGCGGUUGGUGCACAAACCUCUCAAGCUCAGCAAAUUAAUGCUCUUUUUGGUCAACCUCAGCAGAUCGGUGCGCAACGUGAGCCACCUCGAGCGGAACAGAAUGACCCGCAAGGUUAUGUAGCUCGUCUUCGACAAUUUGAACAGCUCAGAGCUGAACAUGAUGCAGAGGAAGCAGCUCAAUCCUCCACGAAUGAGGAGGCCACUCCUUUGGCACAAGCUCAACCGGAACCACAGGAACAACAAUCACAAUACGAAGAAGACACUGUGUCAGAAAAACCUCCGGCACCAAAAUCUCCCGAGGUUCUCUCUUUGACUCAACAGAUCAAGGAUCAACAAGCAGCUUCCACCGCCGCAGCGCCUGCUAAGCAAUCUCCGAUUUCUGCUCCCCAACCCGAGUCGCCUUGGGCGAAGGUAAAUACUAGUCUUCCAAUGCCUUUCCCACCCCCUGCACAAUCGAUGACACCUCUUCCUGCCCCAACUGCCCAAAGAGGUCGCUCCGGCUUGCCGGACUCAUUACAUGCUGAGGUUCAAUCACGCUCUGAGACGCCCGAGGUAGUUAGUGCUGGACCAACCCUUGCUCCAUGGGCUGUUCAACCGGUCGAGGCUCCUAAAGGUCCUUCUCUUAAGGAGAUCCAGGAAGCCGAAGCUAAGAAGGCUGCUAAAGCAGAGGAAGCUGCCGCUGCUGCACGUCGUGCACUCCAUGAACAAGAAAUGAAGUUGCUAGCUAGUCAACCAGCUGCACCCGCUCUUGGUCUCCCAACAACAUCCACCUGGGGAGCUACAGCUACACCCACAACUCCUUCUAAUGCCCCCUCUGUAUGGGCUAAGCCUGUCGCAGCCAAGGCUCCCGUAGCUGCCACUUCUUCCAAGAAGACGCUCGCGGAGAUUCAAAGAGAAGAGGAAUUGCGUAAGAAGAAACUUGCAGCCACUGCAGCAGUAUCUCAACCUUCUCCUGUCGCAGGCGGGAAACGCUAUGCCGAUCUUGCAAGCAAACCAUCUGCAAUUGCUCCCACCGUUGGAGGAGGCUGGGCCACUGUCGGCGCCGCUGGAAAGGUCAAAAUCCCAACAGGACCAUCUGGCGCAGUUGUGCCUGUCCCUGUUCGUUCUGCCAGCAGUGCCUCUGUAGCUAGCCCCGCUGUUCGCACAAUACGUCCAGCAGCAUCUGCUCGCAGUGUAACCAUGGCUGGCAGUCAAACCGGUGGUAACGCUGCCAAUGAAGAGUUCAAGAAAUGGACAAAGGCUACUUUGAGUGGCAAGGAAGGCCUCAAUUCUGACAUUGAUGGUUAGUUCAACUUUCUUAUCUUUGAUCCAUUUCACACACUAACAUAUCUUCAGUCGACGUAUUCAUGACUAUGUUGUCUUCAUUCCCAGACGAGGCUAGUAUUAUUGCUGAUGUCGUGUAUUCUAAUUCUCGUGUGAUGGAUGGUCGUCGUUUUGCUGAGGAGUAUAUUCGCCGCCACAAAUUGGCUGAGAAGGGUAUUGUUGAACUUGCUAAUACUGGAUCAAAUGAUAAGUCUGGUGGAGGUGGAUGGAGUGAAGUCGCCAAGAAAGGGCCACCAAAGGAGGAACCUACAGCUGGCUUCAAAGUUGUUCCCAAUAAGAAGAAGGGAAAGAAAUGAGCGGUUGUAUGGAAUUGAUUACACUUUGCUAUAUUAUGGAUACCUUGUCUAAAUACGAAUUUUGUAUCUCAGAAUAGGUUUGUUCAUUCUAGCCCGCGGGGGUUUCCAUGAUGAAAAUGGUGUCUUAGCUUAUUGAUCAGCGAAGGGAGAAACAUAAUUCAACUCCCAAUUGUAGCUCUAAAGUAGCAUCAAUGUCAAUAUGACUGUUUGAGAAUUAAAUACUUAUUAUCUAAUAAUAUUAUAAAACGAUGACUGGGAAUUUUGAAAGUCAUAAAUCAAAUUCUAAUGAACAGAUGAAAUAUUGAGUUGAGCAUAGUUGACUUCAACUACCACUUCAAAAUGCUCUCGCUUACAAAUCAUCCUACCCGACCUUGAUAAAUUUUUCCCACAUAAAAAAAUUGUAAAGGGCAUCAAUACAAC